UGUGGAAAUAUUUUUUAAAAUGAAAAAAUCGUCAAAUUUCAAUAGCUUACCAUUUUUAUCCACUUCAUAACAUAUUUACUAAGUUCAAAUUGUAAACUGAAAAGGAAGACAAACUUUUCGUGCAUAAUCUUCACAAAGUGACAUCUCUCCCAAAGGAAGUAAGCUUCAACAACAAAUGGCAGUGAAUCAAAGUAACAUAUCGGCCCCGCUGCGGUAUGAUCGUGUGGAAGAUACAAUGGGAUACAUCCUUGCUAUGGAGCUCAUUACCUGGGGUUUCCCCGUCAUUGUCUGUAUUGGCACCUUUGGCAAUGUGCUUAGCUUCAUCAUUAUGAUGAGACGGGAGAUGAGACAGACCCCUACGUUUUUCUACCUGGCAGCCCUUGCCGUGGCUGACACUGUGGUGCUGUACCUAAGUGCCUUGAAGACCUGGAUCAGACUCAUCACAGGGUUUGAACUGUUGCAUAUAAGUAAUGCCUCUUGUAAGACAUUCAUAUUCACUAUCCAAUUCUCACUGCACUUUUCGGCAUGGCUCAUUGUGGCCGUGACAAUCGAGCGGUUUCUUGCCGUCUGGUUUCCUCUGCGGGCCAACAGAAUGUGUAGCCUCUCUCGUGCCAAGUUUGUCACAUUUAUGAUAGCUCUGACCUUCGCGCUGGUCAAUGUAUAUUUAUUCUGGACAGCAGAGCUUCUAACUGACCCGUCGCGACCAGAGGGGUCUCAGGAUAUAUGUGCAGCCUACGCUUACAAGAACUUUGUGUGCAAUGUGUUUCCCUGGGUUAACCUUCUCCUCUAUUCAUUUCUACCAUUCGUUAUCCUAUUGGUGUUCAACUCGCUCAUCGUCGUGUCACUUGUACGCAACAAGGGCAUCUUCAGCAACAUGACCAAAGAUGACCGCGUUGCUCGUUACAGACAUCGUCGUCUAGCUAUCACUCUCCUAGUUAUCUCCUUUGUGUGGAUAGUGACCACACUACCACGAUCUGUGUAUGGACUUGUCAAAGGCAAACCAGGGAGCUUGGACGAAUUGGGUUACCAGGUCCUCGGCAAGGUUAUCUGUUUUGUUCUUAUGUACAUCAAUCACUCUAUUAACUUUUUUUUGUACUGUCUGACGGGCCAACGGUUUCGCAUGGAAUUUGUUAAGUUUAUGUGUCAGUGGAAACAGAGUAAGAGCCCACCUAAGGCCAGACUGACCUUCAAGUCCAGUGUGAGUGUGGGGUCGGGCCAGGACACAUCGACUUCCUUACCCCUCAUGGUCACACCCUCACGCGAAACUGCCAACUUUGACUGACA